UUUUGGGAAACACAAAACUCUUAAUUAGGCCAGUAGUAUUAAUACGGAGCUUCAGUUUUCGUCCACAAGUAUAUAACUUUCAAUAAAUUCCCUUCACUUCAUGUUUUUCAAUUAGAGAUAGCUCCAAGCUCUCCUCUCUCACAAAGCUCUGCUAAGGCUCUACUACUAAAGCUCUUCCACAGCUGCUCCAUCUCAUACAAGAUAUUCAAAGAGCUGCUUGACCUGUUUAUUCACCAUCCAAUCGUAAUUCUGAACCAAUCAGGCUUCCUCAUCUCUCACAAAAUGACAUCCUCCCUCCCCAAGAGCUACAAGGCCGUCGUUCUUACCGCGCCAAACUCCGGCUUCACCAUCCAAGAUGUGCCCCUGAAGCACCCUUCCGCUAGCCAGGUCCUCGUAAAGGUCCUCGCCUGCGGCGUCUGCUGGUCCGACAUGGAGGUUGGCUACGGCCACUUUGGCGACGUCUUCCCGCGCACACCCGGCCACGAAAUCGUCGGCGACAUUGUCGAGCUCGGCGCCGACGUGAAGAACCUCUCCGUCGGCCAGCGCGUGGGCGGGCCGUGGCACGGCGGGCACGACGGCGUGUGCAGGGAGUGUCAGCGCGGCGAGUUCCAGUACUGCAAGAACGAGGUCAUCAACGGCGUCUCGCGGGACGGCGGCUAUGCCGAGUACGUGCUGCUGCGAGCCGAGGCCGUCGUCCGGAUCCCCAAGGAAAUUGAGCCUGCACAGGCGGCGCCUCUGCUGUGCGCCGGAGUCACCGUCUUCAACGGCAUCCGCAAGCAGAGAGUCGAGCAGGGCCGGCUAGUCGCCGUGCAGGGCCUCGGCGGCCUGGGCCACUUGGCCAUCCAGUUCGCCAGCAAGAUGGGCUACGAGGUCGCCGUCCUCUCCCACGGCGACGACAAGGCCGCCUUCGCCAAGGAGCUCGGCGCGCACCACUACAUCAACACUUCCAACGCCGAUUCCGCCGCCGAACUGACCAAGCUCGGGGGCGCCUCCAUCAUUGUCCAGACGGCGCCCAACCCCAAGGUGGUCGGCGCUCUUGUGGACGGCCUCGCUCCGAACGGCAAGAUCCUGAGUCUUGCGCCCGUCGGCAACGUUGAGGUGAGCACCGUGACGCUGAUCAUGAAGGGUGCCAGCGUGCAGGGCUGGGCGAGCGGCCAUGCGCUGGACAGCGAGGAGACAAUUCAGUUUGCCCUGACGCACGGCGUGAAAUGCAUGGUUGAGAAGUAUCCAUUCAGCGAGGUCGAAAAGGCGGUUAAGAGCUUGGAAGCUGGCAAGCCGCGGUUUAGGAACGUCUUGGUUAUGGAGUGAGGGCGGGCGAUGUUGAAGGAGAAAGGAGGAACAAAGCACGUGUAAGUGACGAAAAGUGCGGCAUAGCGAAUUUGGGAGGUGCAGGCCAUAUACUUGGAACAGCAAAGAAGCUCUGCACAACCUACAUUUUGCAGUCAAUUUUUGUAAAAUUUAAUGAGUAAAAAAUCCAAUAAUACGAACAAGAGUGAUCAAAAUCUAUGCCCAUU